AUAUUUUAGUUGGAUAAUUAACAUGUUUGCAUGAUUUAGGUGUUGACCGGUAACCCUGGCCAAACUCUCUCUGAACACCGUGCACACUCUCAUUCUUCUUCAUGAGGGUGGAGGGCAGGAUGGGAAGAGCGUUAGAGCAGCGUUGUAUUUGCGUUGCUCUGAGGUUAACGUUGUGUCGCUCCCGCGGUGUUAACGAUGGGCGUCUUCUCCCUCCACAGCGUCCAUUAGAGGCCCUCAAGAAUGCAGACGGAUGGGCUUUUUCCUCUUUUCCAUUCCCAGCCCCUGUUAUCCCGUGCUGUCAGGAAUGCAGGAAAUGGUGGCACAGCACUUCCUGUCAGUGGCUGCAUGUGUGAAUGACCCAAAUUCUCAUUAAGCUUUAUGUAAACCCAUACAAGGCUGCUUUUAUUCUUCAGUGUGUCUAUUUCACUAAGUUUUCUGCUGUUUAUCGCUGCUUGAUUGGCUGAGAGCUUGUGGUGUGUGUGAUUGGUGUGUUUUUUAAGGUGAAGGUUGCUUUGACCCGUUCGCUCACUAAUGGGCUUCACAGCUCUGUUAUCAGCAGCCUGCAGAUUCAUCUGGUUUCCGCCAUCAUUUCCUUUUCCUCCUGCUGAUCCCAGAGCUGUGCUGAGGAGCGGCCGCGUGCCUCUCUGUCCUCCGAGUCUCACGAGAGUCUCCCUGUCUCUCUGUGUUCAGCUGUAGUGUAAAGCUACUGUUUCAUAUCUGACCAUUCAUUUCAAAGGCCUCUAAAUGACCAGCACGAUCAAUCCUCCUGUCUUCUGUCUCUGAAUGACAGUUCAGAGUGUUUUAUCCAGUCAAAACUCUUUUAGUGUAAUUGUACAAUCGUUUAGCUCAACUCAGAUCUUUCCUGAUUGUGAUGAAGUAAAGGUCAGAAUAAGGUCAGUAAUAUCUCCAGAUGAACUCUUCCUGGACUGAAGCAGCUCAGCUUUACUUGAUUCUCCAUCAAUCAUGUUUUAGAGUCUCAAAUCUGAUCUAACACAAAUCAUAGCCUUUAAAGUCUGAAACAAACAACACAUUUUUCUCAGAAACGCAAUCUGUGUGUGUGUCCUGUAGGAGGCGCUGUCGGUGGUGAGUGAGGAUCCGUCUUUAUUCGAGUGUUCGUACGGAGCGCCUCAUUCGAAGACGGACAUGACGGCGUCCACCGCUGGUGAAUACGGCCCGAGCAAACUCAGUCCCAGAGUGCAUCAGCAGGACUGGCUGGCUCCGCCCCCUGGACGCAUCACUGUCAAGCUGGAGUGUGGCGUGGGAUCCAGGGCCUCUCCUGAUGUGUGUGCUGUGGUGAAGGGUAAGAUCUCUCCGGUGAUGUACAGCAGCUUUAUGGAGGACAAGCACGCGGCGGCACCCAACCAGACCAGCAGCGAGCGCAGAGUGAUCGUCCCUGCAGAUCCCAGCCUGUGGUCAGCGGAUCACGUUCGUCAGUGGCUGGAGUGGGCCGUGAAGGAGUACGGGCUUCCUGAGGUGGACCUGUCUCUGUUCCACAGCAUCGACGGGAAGGAGCUCUGCAAGAUGAGCAAAGACCACGUCCAGCGUCUGACCAGCAGCUACACGGCCGACAUCCUGCUGUCUCACCUGCACUACCUCAGAGAGACUCCACUUCCUCACUUGACUUCAGAUGAUGUUGACAAAGCCUUGCAAAACUCCCCGCGGUUAAUGCAUGCUCGCAAUACAGGAGGAGCCAGCUUCAUCUUCCCAAACGCUCCGGUGUUCCCUCCCGACGGCAGCCGAGGGCCGAGCCGAGCGGAGCUGAGUGUGGACGGCCGGCGCUCGGGAUGGACUCAGCCUCCGUCUGCAGCUAAAGUCUCUCAGAGUUCUGCUGGAGUCAUGACCAAACCUGAGGAGCACAGAGCCCCGUUGGAUCCGUAUCAGAUUUUAGGGCCGACGAGCAGCAGACUGGCCAAUCCAGGUUCGGGUCAGAUCCAGCUGUGGCAGUUCCUCCUGGAGCUUCUCUCCGACAGCUCGAACUCGUCCUGCAUCACGUGGGAAGGAACCAACGGCGAGUUCAAGAUGACGGAUCCGGACGAGGUGGCUCGGCGCUGGGGCGAGAGGAAGAGCAAGCCCAACAUGAACUACGACAAGCUGAGCCGAGCCCUGCGCUACUACUACGACAAGAACAUCAUGACCAAAGUGCACGGGAAACGCUACGCCUACAAGUUCGACUUCCACGGCAUCGCUCAGGCCCUGCAGCCGCAUCCGCCCGAGUCCUCCAUCUACAAGUACCCAGCCGAGCUGUCCUACAUGAGCUCGUACCCGCAGAAGAUGAGCUUCGUGUCUCCACACACUCCGGCCAUGAGCGUCUCCUCGCCGGGCUUCUUCAGCGCUCCGGGUCCGUACUGGAGCGCUCCGGCGCCGGGACUCUACAGCGGCCCUCGACACCCCCCCGCACACAUGCCCUCGCACCUGGGCUCCUACUACUAGAGUCCACAGACCAAUCACACACCGCCAUCCAGAAGCUCAGCGGGACCGUGACCGUGGCUGUAUAACACAUUAGUGAGCUGCUGCAUGAUCAAGUAUAUAUGUUCACUUCUACCUUAAUGUACAAACAUAUCAGAGAGAGUUCAGGAGGUCUGAGAGGAGGGGAGAGGAAGAGGAAGACAGGACUGAGGUAUGUGAGAUGAUGAAGAACGACGGCCGUUCACAUGAAGGACGAUAACUUAGGGCUGCACGAUCACUUGCUCAGAAAAUAUAAUCACAUAUUCAGUAUUUCAUCAGAUUGAUUGCAUAUAAGCAUAAAUCAACUUGCUUUCGAACAGACGUGAUUUAUUAUGCUAUUAUUUAAGCAGGAUAUAUCUCAGUAGAGUGACGAACGCCAACUGUUUCUGUGAUGUAGAGAGAGCGUGGACAGGGUUGCCAAGUUGGGAAUAAAUUAAAUUAACACCUGGGUUGCCAAGUUUUGUUUUUGAAGUCUGCGGGUUAAAGCGAUCUCCCCAGGACACUAUUUCAAUCAGAAACCACAGAAAACAUGAUUGGGAUAGUUUUGAUUAUCAUUUUUGCAGACCUGGCAACCCUAUAAACCACUGGACAGAAAUUGUAUUGAUUUAAGAGAAACGCUUUGAUUGGGGGAUUUAAACAUAUACACUUGAGAUCUGGCAACCCAUGACACAAUUGAAUGACAUCGGUGUAAUCACUUUCAGGGCGAUUUUUGUUUCUAGGCGAUGAAUGAUAAAAACAUUGACAGCCAAUCAGAAUCCACCGUCUUUAAAGAGCUUGAGCAUUUAAAGCUUAUAAUAAACAGCCAAUAUAGUUAUCGUUCUUAUCGUGUGAACAGGCCUCUUGAUAAAUCUGUCAGUAUUAUGACGUUUGUGUGGCUUCGGAGAAUGAUAUUUGCCUUAAAAAUGACGAGUCUUUGUAGACAACUGGAAUCUUUCAGAAGUUUUAAUGACCUCUAACCUUUAACGACGAGGUGCAUUUAUAUGAACCAGUGCCUUACAGACAGAAACAGAUUGACCAAAGAUACCAGUAUUUGUAUUAUUAUUAAUUAUUAUGAUAUGAUCCGAGUCGCAAACGCUGUGCGUUUGUUAGAUUGAAGUAUACAGUUCAGUGUUAUAAUUCUUUUAUAUAAUAGAUAUAUAACUUAUGCAUUUAAACACUACGAGUUGAUCUCAGCCAGCCGAACAGACUUUAAUCAGAGACGGAGAGACGGAGCGCAGACGACACACGCGUGAUCUCUGUACACUGAACAUGUGUGUGUUCGUAUGACGCUGGACUGGUGCAGCACACGGCUCUGACCCGCUGAACUCAGAUCAGUUCGGCUCGGUCUCGCCCUGAUGCUCUGAGAUUGCUGAUAAAGGGGAGAAAACAUAUAUUUGGAUAAAUUAUAUGAUUUUCUACUGAAUCAUUUUAAUAAACUAUUUUCAACAA